AUGGCCGGCAUGGUGCCGUACCAGGAGCUGCUGCAGCUGCUGCGGCACCGGGACGCAGAGCUGGCGCGGCUCCGUGAGCUUUGCCAGGGCAAGGAUACCACGGUGGACUUUCUCAAGACCAAGAUCGUCACCUUGCAGAACCAGGCUCGUGCUGCCUUCAGCGAGCGGGGAGACCACCCGGCUGCUGAGGUGCAGGAGCUCCAGCAGCGCUUGCAACAGUCGCUGGAGGCCCAAGAUGCGGCCCUGCGGCGGCAGGAGGAGUUGUCCCUCGAGCUGCAACACGCGGCUUUGGAGGUGGACGACCUCCGAGCGGAGCUCAAGCAGGCCCGGGUGGAGGUGGGAAGGCUCGAGGCGGAGCUGCAGAAGGUCCAGCUUGAGAACCAGGUGCAGGCCCACAACGGUGUGCCGAAGGAGAGCGUGCUUCUCGCGGUGGAGGAGUUGGAGAGGGAGCUCGCUCAGGAUCUGACCAAGACAGAGGUGCAAAUCUCAGUGGUCGAGGGUGCUACAGGUUCAACCGCCUGCCAGUGCGAAGUCGAGCCGUUGAAUCAAUCGCCGAGCUCCGGAGCGGAGGAGUACGUCCAGGCCUGCACUUCGAUGGCAUUCUCGAUUGGGUGCGGAAAGAUCGCUCAGGCGAUGCCCGAGGAGGAGAACUGCGUUGAGGCUGAGCCGGAGGAGACCGAGGAACCGAAGGCCGAGCCGAAGCCCGCCGAGCCGAAGGUGCUCAGCGCUCCGGAGGUACCUGUGCAUUCCCUUGAUUUGAUGCAAGCCAGAAGCCAGGACUCGGACGCUGAGCCGCAGGCCGCGGAGCCCGCCAGCGACGAGGCCUUGGAGGAGCGCUCACUCUUGGACUCCUGCCGCUCGGUGACUUCUCCGGAGCACAGUCAGGCGGAACACAGUCAGGGCCCGGCCGAGCUCACAGAGGUGCACGUCUCCGCAUCAGGAGCCCUGCUGAACUUGUUUGACAGUUCAGAGGACAGCGCGGCGCUCGCGGCGAAGCGGGAGCGCAUGGCGCGGCAAAUGGAGCGCCGGCGCCAGGCACGCGCACCCCGUGGCCAGCGGGCGGAGGAGGCACGCCGCGCCGCGCCGGCCAAGCGCGAGGAGGCCCCAUGGUCGGCAGGCGCAAGGAGUGGGGCGCAGACUGCUCGGAAUCCGAACUCCGUGAGGCCCGGUGAGAUUAUGGAAUUUCCGAAGGCAACGGCUUCGAGCCCGGAGGACGAGCCGCAGGCCGUGAAGGAUCCGGAACCGCAGGCCACGCCGGCGGCGCAGGAGGCCCCCAGGCCGACACCCUGUCAGCCAGCCGGACCUCAGGCCGGGCCAACUUUGCACGCGAGGUUCGAAGGCCUCCGUGACGAGAUGAAGCGCCGCCGGUCCCAGCACUCCCAGCACCUGCAUGCCCAGUCGCGCCUGGCAGCUCCGUUGGAAGCAGGCGCUGUUGCGGAGGCCAAGACGUCAACGGCAUCGCAGCCAUCGCAGCCAAGCUUUGUGCCUGCAGAGACGCCUCGGUCUCGCAGCCCGGAGGCGCUGACGGCGUCUGCGAGCUUCACGCCUGGCCAGGUCAGCCCUACAUCUGCCAGAGCCAGAGUUCCACACAUCGGAGGCCGAUCCUUGCCACAUCUGGGCUUGCUCGCAGGCGGACCAUCUAUGGUGACCUCCUGCCGGACGACUGGCUCGCUCUCCCCAGGUGGGCGGAACUACAGAGAUGACGUGGGCUGGUGGGCGUCCGGGUCAGGUAGCAUGUCGGUGACUGCGACCCCGCGGGUCUGCGGUUUUACCUGGCGCGAGGAUGCUCCGGUGGUGCUCAGCAGUUCAGUGGCAGUGCCGGGUGACUUGGACCGCUCCAGAAGGCAUUUGACGUACUCGCGGAGCAUGAGCUUGAGCGCCAGCUCCAGUGCCAGCGCCCUUGCCAGGCCAGCAGCAGAGGACCACGACGUGCUGCACGAUGCGGUCCAAAGGUUCUGCGCGCAACAACCGCUGCGUUUUCCACUGUCCCGUGUCUCCAGAGGCGUCUACCUCUACGGCAACAAGAAGUUGCUGAUGGCGUUGCACAACGGAAAGCUCAUGGUGCGUGUCGGCAGUGGCUUCAAAACACUGGAGUCUUGCAUCGGGGAGACGCGGGGGCAUGAGCAGGUGCACUCAAUGAGGCGGAUGUCCCGUACCUGA